GAGGGAGGCUGAGUCACCUGACCAGGACUCGAGGUGCAAUGGCGGCGCCCAUGCUGCGUUGGGGCCGUCCUGGAAGACGUUGGGCUUUAGCCUGGGUUGAUGGCGGUUUUCGCCAGCGAAGAGGGUCUCCGACUGGUUCUGCGUCCAACCGAGUGAGGGGACAGAGCUCAGUGGCUCAGCAGCUCCUCGACACGGCCCAGAAGCCGAGGAAAGGUAAACACGAAUGGGCAGCUGUGGUAGGUUUGGAAAUUCAUGCCCAGAUUUCAUCCAACUCCAAACUCUUCUCUGGAUCUCAAGUCCGCUUUGCAGCACCUCCAAACUCUUUGGUUUCUUUUUUUGAUGCAUCUCUACCUGGAACUUUGCCGGUUCUCAACAGGAGGUGUGUAGAGGCGGCGGUGAUGACAGGCCUGGCUCUGAACUGCCACAUAAACAAGAAGUCCUUGUUUGACAGGAAGCACUACUUCUACGCAGACCUCCCUGCAGGCUACCAGAUUACCCAGCAGAGGCUCCCAAUUGCUGUGAAUGGGAGCCUCACAUACAGCAUCUGCACAGGGAAGAAGCAGAGUCAGAUGAUCACCAAGACGGUGAGGAUCAAGCAGAUCCAGUUGGAGCAAGACAGUGGCAAAAGCCUCCACGACGACCUGAGGUCUCAGACGCUCAUUGAUUUGAACAGGGCAGGAGUUGGCCUUCUGGAAGUGGUCCUGGAGCCCGACAUGUCCUGUGGAGAAGAGGCAGCAACAGCUGUCAGGGAGCUGCAGCUGAUACUUCAAGCCCUGGGGACCAGCCAGGCCAAUAUGGCAGAGGGCCAGUUGAGAGUGGAUGCCAAUAUAUCUGUGCAUCACCCUGGGGAGCCACUGGGCAUUCGAACUGAAGUGAAGAAUCUCAACAGCAUCAAGUUCCUGGCCAAAGCCAUAGACUAUGAAAUUCAGAGGCAAAUCAAUGAACUUGAGAAUGGAGGUGAAAUUCUGAAUGAAACUCGCUCGUUUGAUUGCAAGCUGGGGUGCACCAUGCCAAUGAGAGACAAAGAAGGAAAACAGGACUACAGGUUUAUGCCAGAACCCAACCUGCCUCCCCUGCUCCUCUAUGAUGCCGCGUCUCUGCCUGCAGGUACAGACUCACAGCAAGUGAUCAAUAUUGACCAGAUUCGGGAGAGGCUUCCCGAGCUCCCCAGAGUGACCCGAGAGAGGCUUAUUCAACAGUAUGGGAUGUUGCCAGAACACGGCUUUGCUUUACUGAAUGAAGUUGGCCUACUGGAGUUCUUCCAAAAUGUGAUAAAAGAAACUAGGGCAGAGCCAAAAAAGGUGACUAGUUGGGUCCUCAACAUUUUUCUGGGCUAUUUAAAGCAACAGAACCUUGCCAUCAGUGAGAGUCCUGUCACACCCUCUGCACUCGCUGAGCUUCUCGACCUGCUGGACAGUAAAGCAAUUUCUUCAUCAGCGGCUAAACAGGUGUUCCAGCACUGCUUCUGAGAUUUACAAACCUCAUGUCUCCAGCACCCUGGAGCCAAGGAAGUUAUAAGGUUGCUGCUGUGACGCAGCCCUAGUCUUUAGAAACUCGAAGAUUAUAUAUCAUCAUGAGCAACCUCCUGGUAACUGUAGACAAAAGCAUCCUGCAUUCCUCUCACAAGAUCUAGAAGUGGCAAGUGGCAGUCUCCAUCCCCUCCCCUCACUAAGGACAGGGCCAGCCUGGACACAUCAGAUUCCCAAAGUGUCAGAAUCACAGCUAACCUCCACAUAACAUCCCAGGAUUCCAGAUGUUGGGCCCCAGACUGCUGGUCGUGCGGGGAGUAUAUGCGUCUGCUCUGUGCUCUCCUGGACACAUGCCGACGAUCCACUGUCUCCUAAGGAUCAUCCAGUUAAUGCUUCCAGUGGGACGGAGCCAGAUUGAGUUCCAUGGAGAUGGAAAUCACAAUCAACACACAAGUGUGCCAUUUAACCAAUGCCCUCUUGUCUACUUUGGGCUCUGCUUUAAAGAGAAAUCAUCAAAAACCUUUUAAUGUAGAAAA